GUAAAUGAUUGUUGGAGAUCUGUUGUGUAGCAGAACACUCAAUAAGCAUAGCACAGACCUUGGUUCCUCCUAAGGAACAGAUAUCUGUCAACAUCUCACUUCAGCUUGCGGACUUCUAAGGUGCUAGAAGGAAGGUGAACUCACCAGGCAGUGGUCAUGGCAUAUCGGAGCUCUGCUUACAUUAACCGAAACAUUAACAACACCAAUAACUAUGUGAUGCCAGGCUCUAAGGAAGACAAAGGAAAUCAUCUUUAUGAUCGUGUCCUGGAAGAUCCAGCUUCUCCCUCUUCCACCGCUACUAUCCCGGAGAUGAUGGAUCUCAGUCAAGAUUGCAACGAGGGCAGCCGCAGCACUUCUGUGGCUUCUCAGCACGGGUCUGAUAGUUCUUCCUCUGAGCACAGCGCUGCAGAUGAGCACCCGUACCAGGACAUGGAUCAGAUGAGCCCCUCUCACGAAGACAAACCCAUGACAUUUGAGAACUGCGGGUUUUGUCCUCCAGGUUUCCACUUGCGUCGGCGCCAGAGCACUUCCACCUCUCCGACCUCCCUCAAGUUCCCACAUGGCACUAACAUAGGAGAAAACAACAACUUUGAGGAAGAUUACGAGAUUUUCAUGUAUGUAAAGGCCGGUAUAGAUGGGGAAAGCAUUGGGAACUGCCCGUUCUCCCAGCGUCUCUUCAUGAUCCUCUGGCUCAAAGGAGUUGUGUUCAACGUCACCACUGUUGACCUGAAAAGAAAGCCAGCUGAUCUGCACAACCUGGCUCCCGGAACUCACCCACCUUUCUUAACUUUUAAUGGAGAAGUCAAGACAGAUGUUAACAAGAUUGAGGAAUUCUUGGAAGAGAUUCUUGCACCUCCAAAGUAUCCCAAGCUGGCUGCUAAGCACCGGGAAUCAAACACUGCUGGAAUUGAUAUCUUCUCCAAAUUUUCUGCUUACAUCAAAAAUACCAAGCAGCAGGACAAUGCUGCCCUUGAAAAAGGUUUGGUGAAGGCUCUGAAGAAGCUGGAUGACUAUCUGAGAACCCCUCUGCCAGAGGAGAUUGAUGCAAACAGCACUGAAGAAGAGAAGGUGUCCAAACGCAAGUUUCUGGAUGGAGAUGACCUCACCCUUGCUGACUGCAACCUUCUGCCCAAACUCCAUGUUGUCAAGAUUGUUGCAAAGAAAUACCGCAACUUCGAGUUCCCAACAGAGAUGACGGGGCUGUGGCGGUACCUGAAGAACGCGUACGCCAGGGAUGAGUUCACUAACACCUGUGCAGCAGACAAAGAAAUUGAGCAAGCCUAUGCAGAUGUGGCCAAACGGCUCAGCAAGCCCUAACUGACCCCAGCAGUGGCUCGGCAUCCCUGACAGAUUCCUGUUUUGCAGACUCUUCUCCUUGUUGCCUUAAGAUAUACCUUAUCGUUAUCUAUCUGGCUGGCAUCCCUAUGAUUUCACCUGUUCAAGAGUAGUGGUCAGGGACAAACGUGCUUCUCCCUGGAGGAAGGAGAAGGUAGCUCUAGUGUAGGGGGUGGAGACCCUUUGAAAUCUGAACCUACGAUCUGACACAGCUAGUAUUACUCAUAAUCAGUAUUGGAAAUGACUCCGCUGUAUUAGUUUCUUGUUUUGUGUUGGGGUAUAUCACCACCUGUUUUCUUUGGAGUUUUAACAGUAGUUUGUUAGCUUAAAUUUCAAGCAAGUCAGUCAGGAACACAUAGAACUGCUUCUAUAUAAUCUGCUGAUUAUUUCAAGGGCGCUUUGUUUUCCCAUUGCUAUUGAAACCUGUGAGGAAGGAACAAAAUUUGUGAGAGAGGCAAAAGGAAAGAGUUUGACCCUAGAGGAGUAACGCUCGUAGCAGUUAUAUUUUUAAACUUCUCUGAAAGCAUUUUCUGCCUUAGAAGACCCAAGAGUUUGUAGGACAUUUAUUUUUAACUUGGCACAAGAGGGGAAAGCCUAAGCAAAUGUCAGACUUGCAGAUGCUGCUUUGCAUGAAACUUGUAUGAUGCCGCUGGAUCUAGAGGUGUAAAGCAAAAGAGAUCAAAUGGGCAGUUGAGCAGGAAGCCUUGGAAGAGGCUGAUGCCAAAGUGGCCAGUGGAUCUGACAUUUGGGAGAGACAGCUGUGGGGCAAUACAUUGAGUCAAGCCCACGGCCCAAACUGGCACAGCUGACCAAACCAUGUAGAACAUUGUCAUCCUGGCUCCAUGGCUGCCAGUUCCUUUCUGCUGCUAUCUUGGGAAGCAUGGCUAGGCAGGAACAAGCUUUGGGCUCCAGAUGGGUUGCCUUCAAGCAGCCAUCAUCCAGCCCAGGGAGCAGCAUGCUCUGAAAAGGGGACAGAGAGACCCAUUUCCAGCCUGAAAGCUGGUGAGCAGGCGAGGAGGAAGCCUGCAUGCUGCCUUAGUCCUGCUCCCCCAAGGUUCACCAGUCCAGGUUAAAUGAUUCAGGAUUGUUUUCUGAAAGCGAUUAUUGCAUUCAAUCCGGAACAUCUGCCUGACACAAUUUGCUUUAAAGUAGUGAUUAUGUGCACAUUACUUUAGUAAAUCCAGAACGACAGCCCUUUUGCAUAAAACUCACAUGUAUGAUGGUGAACAUGAAACAUUUCAGUUUGGGACUAUUUGAAGACAAACAAAAGCUGAGCUCUUGGCUGGCAUAGCUCUCCUUGUGCUCAGGGCUGAGCCCUGACUGAGGGGAACCCGGGGGAGGUGGGCUGAGGCCAGGGGAACCCUGCAGUGAGCUGUCUGCAGCCUGAGAGCCAAGAGAUGGAUCCACAGCCAUAGCUGCAUGACAGUGAUGAAUAUCUGAUGGGAUUUUUCCCCUUUUCACGCUCACCCAGCUGGGAGCAGGAUGCAGUUUGCUUGUUGUUGACUAUUGUUUUGCACGCAGUGAUCAGUUUGUUUUGAGCUUUCCAAAACCUCAGAACUCCCGGGCCUUCCCCUGAAAGGGACUGUGUUAGAAGUGGCUGGAUUGGGGGGCAAAGGCUGCAUGAAAUCAGCUGGUUCAGAGGGUGCUGAUAGCAGCCAGCAAAGCCUCAGGGGCUUAGCAGUGUCUGCACAGGCACAUGUGGCUCGUUAAAAACAAACAAACAAACAAAAAAGCAACACUUCUUCAUGAGUUUGGAAUUACUUGUGAUUUUAUUUUAUUUUUUUAGCUCUAGAUUGAGGCGACUAUUUAUUUAUUUAUUCUGAUCCACUCGGUCCUUUCUGCCCGCCUCUUGCUUUUGGUUUGCGCUCAGCACGCCGCACAGGAUGGUGUUAUCAGCACCGUGUGAUCUCAUUUGUUAGGGAGAAGCUGCUGUGUGAUGAACAGCCUCUGGGCUGGAUUUUGGCUGGCAGCACCCCUUGGCCAGGAGCAGCUUCUUGCAGUUGCUGUUGGCCAGGUUUGCACGCAGCUGGUGGCAUAGUGGCAGUGAUGUUGGAAUGAAGGCGCAGGGUCAGACGCAGCUCUUGUUCUGUGCUCACUGUGGUAAGCUCCUUACAGAAGGCAGUGCUCACCUGCAGCUGAGUAGGGUGAGUGAGGCAGCCAGCAUCUGCCCUGAUUUUGGCCAUCUCUGAACCUUCAUUCCUGAAUCCUAUGUUUCUGAAACGUUCUACCUGUCUGACUGGUUUUGUUAGAAGAGGGCCAAAUCACCAUCAUUUGGUCUCAGCACGCCUCAAGUUGCAUCUGCUUUUUAAAAAAUGAUGUUUAGAAAUGGGUGGGCUCAUAGCAGAAGGAAAAUUGGUGCAAUGAGUUUUUGGUUAGAUGUUCUUAAAAUCCUUUUUCGAUUUGAUUAGAAAACUGAAAGCCCCCAAGCUACCUCCCUUUUAAUUGGCAAUACCAAAUCAAAAUAUUUUCACUUUCUCAGCAACACUGCAAAGAGAAAAAAAAAAAAUUGGACAAAAUGUAUUGAUAGAUAUGAGAAGGAAUAAGAGGUAAGAAAUGAAACUGGUUUUCCACCAGCUGUAAUGCCCAUUCUGGGGGAAUCCACGUCUGGCUCUGCAUCCUAACUGUGCACUGUGUUCGUCGCUUUGUUAUAGGCUGAUCCAGAAUCAUAGACAGGUUCGAGCAUUGCCUGACCUUUGGGUUUGCAGGUUCAUGCUGCCAGGUCUGUAACUUCUGCUCACCUCUGUGCUUUGUGCCGUAGGCAGAAGCAGGAAACACUGGAAAUCCUAUAUAGAAAAGUUUGAGUCCUACACACACUGAAUUUGAGCUCAGUACUCCUGACUCGGGAUCCAUCACCAUCAAGAUUUUAAGGGGCUCCAGACUCCUUUAGGCAGGGUAUUUUCAGUGACCUUCCAUUGUAUUUAGAAUUAUAAGUAAUAAAUAUUAAUCAUACAGGAUUGUAUGUCUACAUUGGCAAGGCAGCAUUUCUGAAAAGAAUCUAAGUGACAAGACAGACAUUGCAGAUUUACAAUAACUUUGUUCAUAAAUUUUUUGCAAGAUGUAAAGAAAGACAUAGUGCAGAGGGGGAAGAAGCCAACAAUAUGGAUUUAAUCAUCUGCAUUUCAGAAAUGCAGACCAAAUGUCUGUAAAGAUGUCCAUUUCAUCCAAACAUUUCUUAGAUAUUUAUUUCAAAGCUCCCUGUUCAGUCAAUCCAACACUCCAUUCAUAUUGGAACUAAUAUUGAUUUCUCUUCUAUUACCAGCGAUACGGGAGUGUUAAAGGAUCCCAUAUACAAGUUACUCUUGUUUUUUGUUAGACUUUUUCAGUUGCCAAGAGGUCAUCCUGUGCAUACCUAUGAAGGUAAGAUCAAGGGAGCGUCUGUUUCGGGACUGCUUAAAAGAAAGCUUCCGACAAACAAUUUUUUCCACCAGAAAGACUCUUGUAAAGGUAUUUCUUUAUCAGGAGUGUUGUGGGCUAUUGAGCUGUGGGUUACAAGCUCUUCUCCUACGUUUGCAUCAGCUGAAAACCACCACCAGGGAGGAAUUAUGGUCGGUAUUGCAAAGAAGCUAGACAUCUUUGUUUCCUGCUAUGUUGUGCAGAGCAGUAAUUUUGAGUGUGUAUUUAUUUUAUUUUGACCCCCAGACAGCUUUUCUCGUCCCUUGUAUUCAUAGAAAGUCAGCUCCAGGUUACCCAUAACCAUUCUUCCAUCCUUCAGUGCCAGUUCAGCAGAGUGCCCAUGGAUGGGCACACAGAAGGGCAUCUUAAGGCAACCCAUCCACCUGGGGGGAUGGCAACCAAAGGUCAUUGCUUGCAGCAGGGAUCCCACCAUUGUCCCAGCAGAAAAAGUGAGAAGCAAAGAGAGUCCCUCUUUCUGAAGUGACCAGGUUUGGCUCACCGCUGAGUUUGGGGCAUUGCUAAAAUGUAGGGGUUGGAAAUCUCACUCAUUUGAAACCUGAAGGGCACAUGGAAGCACACACUUUGUAAAAUGAAUUGGUGUUUUAAACAGGGAAGUAAACCCAAAGCCCAUUGCCCUCCUUCACUUGUAUUCUUCUAGGCACUGGGAAGCUUGCAGUUGUUUAUUAUUCUGCUAGAUAUAUUCUUGAAUAGCUUUUCAUAUUAAGAAAUAUUUUCCAGUAAGAUUUUUGCCUUUCUACUCAGUCUUUCAACUCUUCAUUAGUUUUGAUGUCUGCGAUGACCAAAUGAUUCCAGAGGAGGCAGGAAAGCUGGGAGGCUCAUACUUGUUGAGAUGUUGAAGGAGGUAAUGAUUUUUUGGAGAAAACAGUGUUCAAAGCAUUUUUUUUUAACAAUCUGUCUUUUCAUCUGGGAUACUUCAACCAAAAGUGAUGGUCUGUUUAGUCUGGACUGUGAUUUUCAGCUGGGACCUGGAACAGUCACCGUGUUCAAGAUGGCUUUGCUGAGGGAUUUCCCCCAGAUACAUAGGAUGUUCACUCUUGGUCACAAAAUGGCCCAUUCCCUUGGUCCGGAUCUUCUGGUCUAUAUUGGUGCUGAAUUACCACACUCCAUCAACUUUGUGCUGGGCAGUGAAAAUGGUUCCUACCACCUCCUCUCUUCUGGGCAGGAAAAGAAAAGAGCAGUGACCUGUUUUACUUCCAAGCAACACUGCAGCUCCAAGGGAACGCAGGGCCCUGCCCAACAUUGGUAUCCAGAAUCUGAAGACCCCCACAUCCCUCACCAGGCAGCAUUUCAUAGCCCACAGCAGUCUUGCAGCCCCUUGUUCCCCUCUUGGCCCACACCAUCCCCUUUCAACAUUUAUCAGAGAGAUGCCAACACUGGCAGUGUCCCGGAGGAUGCGCGCCAGCUGAGCAGUUCUGAGGGAUGCCAUUGGCCCAGCAGGUGAUGGCUGCACUGCUGGGGGAUGGCCACCCCUGCCCAGCAGCCCCCCACUGGUGUUGCAGUGUUUGGUAGGAAAUGCUGAUGUCAGCACUGCGAUGCUCAGCCAGCGGCGCUGCUCCACAAGCAGAGCUGUCUGUGCCACCGCUUGCUGCCCCAGCUCAAUGCUCUGAAGGACGUUGGUGUUUAGUGCUGAACGAGUGCUUGCCUGCGCUUGCACUUGCAGGACUGGGGCCUGAAAGUCGUGGCAGGAAAGCCUCUAUCAAUGAAGCUGUUACUGUCCUGUUUCCUUUGAAAUCCAUGGCAGAAUUCCCAGUGGGGAAAUUCCCAAUAGGAGUUCCCAGUAGAGCCCAAGUCUACACCAUGAUGAAGCUGUUUGAGGUGUGAUGUUCUUGGAGAACUGCAAGCAGUCAGAGAAGCAUGGAACCAGCCACAGUAGUCUCACUACAGAAGCAGCACUAAAGAUCCCAUUCUGUCCCAGUUCUAACUGGGGGACGCCACCAGUGCUGCCAGAACCAUGCUGGUGGAGCCCCGGGGUCUUGGGGCAGAGCCCUGCUGGCAGCGUGAUGCAAAGGCAUGUUCUGCUGCAUCUCCCACCCACAGGCAGUGAGCUGCCUGCCCUACUCCUAUUCUGAUAUGGCUUGUCUAACGAAAGCUGAGGAGGGUGGGGGAUUUAUUUUGUCGUAAUGUAUAUACUCACAUUGUAAAAGCAAUCCAAAGAGUCCUUAGUGGUUCUCCACAUGAUGCUGUCAGUUCUCACCACAGGGUAGAAUUUGUUGGUAGAAAUUAAAUGAAAUUAAAUUAAAACAGAAAAGCUUGGCUGCUGCUGAUAGGUACUACUGGGAGCCCUGAAAGCAGUGUGCAGUGUAGAAGCAUAGCAGGAGUGAACAGCCCUCAAUUCCUGCUUAUGUUUUGCAGCAUCAUUGCAGCCCAUUCUCCUGCACUGUUGCUAAUUCCCUGUCUCUCUAUGUCUAUAAUCUGAAAAUAUUGGGAAAUAGGUAUGGGCACCACAUUCAUCUUUUUCCCCCUUUCUUUCCCCCCUCAAAUCAAUCCCUUUAGUUCAGAUAUAUAUGGUAGGUAAGGAGCGUUUCCAAACAGCAGAUUUCUCAGCUUUUUCAUUAAGGAAUUUUUUAAUAGCUUUGGGGUAAUGAGAGGUUAUCACCGUCUUUGGGAAUAAACUGUACUAUAAAACAUACAUAGGAGUCUGAUUCUGACCGAAUGGAGUAAGCAGGGCAGCGUACAAUUCAUUUUGAAGAGUCUGCUUAGGACUGAGCAAGCAGAAUAAUCCACGCUUUGCAGUAAAAACUUAAAGUCUGGUUCAAGUCUCAGUUUUUCGUUGGUUGUUUUGGUGUUCUUUUUGGGAUUAGUUUCUGUACAACACUUUGCUUAGAAUCACAGAAUCAUGGAAUAUCCCAAGCUGGAAGAGACCUGUAAGGAUCCUUGAGUGCUACUCCCAGAAACAGCAUCUGUUCUAUGUGCAGGCAUUUGUUACGAGGAAUGCCCCCUCCCUGGAAGCACUCAAGGCCAGGCUGGAUGGCGCUGUGAGCAGCCUGGUCUAGAGGGAGGAGUCCUUCCCUACAGCAGGAGGUUGGAACUGGAUGGUCGUAAAGAUGCCUUCCAACCAAGCCAUUCUAUGAUUCAAUGAUUCUAUUAUGUAAUGGCAUUAUUUAAUUCAACAGCUCUGUAAGAGUGCGUUGGGAUGGAAGGCGGCACAAGGUGAACUGCUCCUGAAAUGGUGCUGUUGUUGGCUGAGCCCUUGGGUUUGUUCCCUGUGCAGUGAACACAAGCAGUGCCAUGGGCUGUGCAGAGGCAGGAGCUGCCGACCUGCAUCCCGUGCUGCCAGGAAUGGGGCUUUGUCAGCACUGGGAAAUAGGGGUGAAAAAAACCUGGCCCCAACCCUCCUUCCUUGUGCAAUGCUGACUGCUUCUGUACAUGGCUGUGUUUUCAGAGCUUGUGAAGCCGUUCCCAAUAGCUGCUUGCUUUGCUUUCUGGGGAACAGGUCCUCAUCUGUACAAAUCCUUCAGCAAUCAUCCUAUCCCUUUUUCCCUGUAAAUUUUAUUUUUUUAACAGUCCUGCUCUAUACUGCCUAGCAAGUUCUGAUCCACCGAUUGACAGAUUUAUCUUCCUUGUCUGACUGUUUCCAAUUCCAAAGCCUGAAGAUCAAAACCAAGUUGUGUAGUGAGAUCUGAGGGUGAGCAGAAAUGCUGUUUUGUUUUUCCUCAGAAACCACUCAGUUCCAAAUCCUGACUCCAAUCCUGGUUAGUGAGGGGGGUCUGAGGCUGAAGGAGAGGAAGAGAAGCCCACUGCACAUGAUGCUGUCCCUCCAGUGAUGGAGGAGGAGGAACCAGUCUGGGAGUCCUAAGAGGUGUAUGGACAAGUUUUCACUCCUGUGUGUGAAAUCAGUCUAUGCAGGGACAUGAGUGGUCCCAAACUGCCCCAGAGCUGCUUAAAAACAUCAGUGAUAUUAAAAAGCUGAAGUUGGGAUGGAGUAACACCCUCAGGACACGGCACAGACAAAAAGUAACUCAAAGACACUCCAAUUCUUAGCUAUCAGCCCAGACCCAUCUUAAGGGCUGGAUUUCUUCCACCAAAAUGCCACUAGUCUCAGAAACACCUCAUUGUUGUUGGGUCUGCCAGUCUGCUGGGGGAAAGCAAAAUCAGGGGCUCCUAAAGACUGAUUCUUAAGUCGGAUCUGGUGAGCUUCAAAGUCAUCUGUUUGUAAACAACUCUUUGAUAGUGGUUGGCUGUGGAAAGUGACUGUGCAUGUGAGGGUCUCCAUCAGGUCAGGCAGGUAAUCCAUCCCUUCUCAUAGCCCUCCUUUUCCACAGAGGCACUCCUAAGGGAGAAUUUUAGAUCAGACUGUACCCUUUGCAGUAGAACUCUGCAUUUCCUCUCCGUAUGUACGGCUCCUAGCGUGGCAGGGGUCUGAUUAGAGGCUUUGUGUGCUGCUCUAACACUCAGAACAUAUCAUAGGAAUAAUGCAAUUAAAAUGUCGUUGAGAUUGCCUUUAGCAUAAUGAUUGCGUGGCUGCACUGUCACCUGUGAAUAAAGUCAAUGUCCUUUUUGUAUCAUAGGGAGUAUAUUUUAUUAUUGAAGAAACUGUUUAAUUUUUAAGAUUAAAUUGAAAAGUAUCUGCUUAUUAUUUCAUUGUAAGCCUAAACAAGCAAAUAUUUCUUUUGUAGCCUUCAAAUGAGUAUGUGUUAAUUGCAGAAAUCCACCUUCCUGAAUUGGAGCUGUUUAUAGUCCGAUAUUCCGGGAGUGAUUAACACUUGGUAAUUUGAAUAAAAGUGGUUUAUUUUCUCA